AUUCAUCUCAAGCAUGCGGUCAAAAGUGCCUUUUCUUCCAACCCAUCCAAGAGACAAGUAGGCUUCUUUAUCAAACCUCUUGCUUUCCACGCCUUCUCAUUCCGAAGCCAUAACCGGAAGGCUAGAAAAAAAAUCUACAUCCCUCGGACCCCCCCCCACCACCGCGGGGCACUUCACAACCACGCCAUCAACCACCACAAUAUACAACAAGCCACAACCGAACCCCGAGAGGCAAAUAGACAUCCAUAGAAAAAUGGCCUCAACCGGCCAACUCGAAGAACUUGCCAUCCAACCCAGCGGCAUCCUCUGGCAAAACGACUUCAUCACACCCUCACACGAAGCCGAACUGAUAUCGAUCUUCAAAAACCUAACCUGGCCGGGCCGCCCCGGCGGACGCCUCUCCCUGCACUACGGCUACACCUUCGACUACAAGACGUUCGGACUGGAUCCGGACAUCCCGUACAAGGAGUUCCCGGACUGGCUGCGCCCACUGAUCCCCCAAACGGAGGGUCGACCUCCCGAGCAGGUGUGUCUGCAGUAUUAUCCGCCGGGCACGGGGAUCCCGCCGCACGUAGACGCGCACAAUGCGUACGACCAGCUGUAUGCGUUAUCGCUGGGAGCGCCGGUCAUGAUGCAGUUCAAGCGCGGGGAGGAGCGGACGGAUGUCGAUCUGACGCCGAGGAGUAUGAUGCAGAUGACGGGCGAUUCGAGGCUGCAUUGGACGCAUGGGAUUAAGAAGCGGAAGACGGAUACCCUGGCUGAUGGGACGGUUAGGGUCAGGGGCGAGAGGUGGAGUCUCACGUAUCGCUGGUCCAGGGAGGGGGAGUGUGAGUGUGGGGAUGUUGCGUUGUGUGAUGUUGCGCAGAGGCGGUUGGGGGUGGAGAAGGAGAAGAGAAAGGCGCAGGGGAUUACUUAG